AGCUGUAUAUUGAAUAAUACGAAAAUGUUACGUUUCAUUGCUGUAGCCUGUGUUGUUGUCAACGUUUUGGCUGAUGAUUAUAGCAACGAAUAUUCCUCUUCUAAAUGUGGUUAUGGUGGAUGCACAUACAAUUUACAACGAGAAAGUCCCUACAAGGCCUAUGAAGGACUGGUGAGCAUUGAUGACAUCGCAGGGAGCGGAGUGAACACUGGUGUUGUCGGUACUAGAGGACUCGACACAAGAGUUUCGGGUCCAAGAGAUGUGUCUGCGGUCGCCGUUGCUGCUGGAAGGUUGAACCGCAGAUUUGGAUUGACCCAGCACAUAUUUUUGCCACAAUACCAUCUACAUCGUUAUAUGCCAUAUAUUCAAUAUCGUAAGAUCCCAUAUAAUCAAUAUUACUUUUACACUUACCCGAGAUUUACUGCCACCGCUAGUCAUAAUGCUGCCGCUAUCGGUGCUGUUGCUUCAGGCGAAGGUAUAUUUAAUGGAUUAGGUGAGUUUGAUACUGCAUUUAAUGGAUUUGGAUUGAACCGCGGUUUUGGAUUUCCAACUAUUGCUGAUGGACCGACUGUCGCCGCCAUCGCCACUGCUUCAGGCACUGGUGGAUUUUACAGAUUUAGUGGAAGCGGUGCUAGAUUUGGUCGGUUCCGUCUUGGUAGAAAAAGAAGUGUCAUUAGAGGCAGAAGACUAAGAAAGGCUUAUUAAGAGGACGAAUGUGAUUUCAACAAUUCUCUGUGUGCUGUUUUUAAUUAAAAUAUAUAUGCAAUAUAAA